AUGAUCUCGUACCUAUUUAGCGAAGAGGGUACCCUCACCAGGAAACUAUUCGCGUACGAGUUAAAGACGGGUCAGCAGAAGCUAUUAGUGGCUCCGCCGGGCGGCGGAGUCGACGAGGAUAAUCUCUCCAUGGAAGAGAAAUUAAGGCGCGAGAGGCAGCGGGAGCGCGGCUUGGGAAUCACGCGCUACGAUUGGUCCAAGAACGUGGCGGUUCCGCGGAUCAUGAUACCGCUGCCAGAUGGCGUGUACGUGCAGGACGGCAUGGGCGCGGAUCUGCGCCUGCGCAUCCCCGGCGGAGCGUCCCCCAUCCUGGACCCGCAGAUCUCCCCCGACGGCUCCGCCAUCGCCUUCGUGCGCGACGACGAGCUCUUCGUCGUCUCCACCACCGCGGGUGCGCCCCGCCAGCUCACCUUCGGCGCGAAGGAGGCUAACAAGGUGCACGGCUUGGCAGAAUACAUUGCACAGGAGGAGAUGGAGCGGCGCAGUGGCUUCUGGUGGGCGCAUGACAGCACACGCAUUGCCUUCACCCAGACAGACGCCUCUGCUGUGCCCCUCUUCCGCAUCCCCCACUGCACUCGCCCGCCUGUUGGGGCGGACUCGGAGGAGGAGCAUGCAUACCCCUUCGCAGGCCAGGCGAACGUGAGCGUGAGGCUUGGGGUUGUUCCCGUGGCCGGAGGCGAGGUUCGGUGGAUGGAUCUGCAUUGCGGCUUGGCAGGCAGUAGCUUCGACGGGCGUCUGUCCGCGCAGGUGCAGAACCGCAGGCAGACGCGGCUCAAACUCCUCCGCUUCGACCCCACCACAGGCAGCAGGGACCUCGUUCUCACGGAAUCCAACCCCCUCUGGGUGAACCUGCACGACUGCUUCACCCCCCUGGUGAAGUCCGGAGGGGAGUUGCGCGGGGGGUUUCUGUGGGCGAGUGAGCGCACGGGGUUUCGGCACUUGUAUUUGUAUGCGGGGUCGGGGCGGUGCGUGGGGGCGGUGACUGCGGGGGAGUGGAUGGUGGAGCAGGUAGCUGGGCUGGAUGAGGGCGCUGGGGUGGUGUAUUUUACAGGGACCAUGGAUAGUGCGUUGGAGAGUCAUUUGUAUGUGACGAGGUUGUUUGGGGGCGUGGAGAGGGGAGGGGAUGCUGGUUUGGUGUCUGCGUUGGGGACAGACAAGCGUGAUGCGUUUUCUCGUUAUGAGCAGUUGCAGUUGCAGCAGCAGCAGCAGCAGCAGCAGCAGCAACAGGUGGUGCCGAUGGUGUUAGAUUCGGUGCAGCCCACCGCAUCAUCAUCCCCAGCAGCAGCAGCAGCAGCAGCAGCAGCAGCAGCAGCAGCAGCAGCAGCAGCAGCAGCAGCAGCAGCAGCAGCAGCAGCAGCAGCAGCAACAGGAACAGCAGCAGGAGUAGCUUCACCAGGUCGACCUGGUUCAAACCCAUCACCGCCAUCACUAGCAACAGCAGCAGCACCCGCAGCAGCAGCAUCACUACACCCACCUCCCUCCUCCCUCGCCGCCCUCUCCUCCUCUCUGCCGCCCGCCCGCCCCAUCCGGCUGACCCAGGGGCCCGGGCGGCACCUGGUAGUCCUGGACCACAGCCUGCAGCGCUUCGUUGACCUCGUUGACUCGCUUGACUCGCCGCCCGCUGUGCGCCUCUGCUGCCUGGCGUCGGGGCGAGUGCUAGCGGUGAUAUUCCAGCAGCACUCGCCCAACCCCCGCGUGCAGCGCCUGCAACUCAGGCCUCCGGAGCUGGUAGAGGUCACUGCUGCUGACGGCACCACACUUCACGGGGCUAUCUACCGCCCUGACCCGGCCAUAUUUGGCCCACCCCCCUACCGCACGGUGGUGAGCGUGUACGGGGGCCCACACGUGCAGACAGUAUGCGAGUCGUGGCUGUCAACGGUGGACAUGCGAGCUCAGUUCCUGCGCGCUCGAGGCAUGCUGGUGUGGAAGCUGGACAACCGGGGCAGCAGUCGACGCGGGCUGGCCUUUGAGGGAGCCAUUAAGUGCAACAUGGGCGGCAUAGAUGCUGACGACCAAGCGGCCGGCGUCCGUUGGCUUAUCCAGCAGGGCCUUGCCGACCCAAACCGGAUCGGGAUCUACGGGUGGAGCUACGGGGGGUACAUCUCAGCCAUGUGCUUGGCUCGGUACCCGAGCCUGUUUUGCUGCGCCAUUUCUGGAGCUCCGGUAACCGCAUGGGACGGUUACGACACGCACUACACGGAGCGUUACAUGGGUCUGCCUGCGGAGCAGCCCACCGCGUAUGACCGGAGCUCUGUUAUGCGGCACGUGGGUGGAAUUCGGGGGAAGCUGCUGCUGGUGCAUGGGAUGAUAGACGAGAAUGUGCAUUUCAGGCACUCGGUGCGGCUGGUGCAGGCGCUGACUACUGCUGCCAAGCAGUAUGAGCUGCUGCUUUUUCCCGAGGAAAGGCACAUGCCGAGGGGGCUCCGUGAUCGGACAUAUAUGGAGGAGAGGAUUUACGAGUUUUUGAGUAGAUCCUUGUUGUGA